AUGACGUCAGGGCGCGGCGCUGGCGUUGCCGUUGGUGACGUCACGGGGGGCGGGGUGCGGCGGGCGCGGCAGCUGCUGCACCUCUCGGUGCUGGCGCAGAGCGCGGCCCCCUGCGGGCGAUACCUGGCGGCCGCCAACGACUGCGGCGAGAUCGCCAUAUUCGGGCUCUCGGCCGCUCUCAGCGCUGAGGCCAAGGAGGAAAAUCGGAGACCGGUGAACGUGGUCAGGGCUCACUCGGGCCCCGUUUAUUCCUUGGCCUCGACCGAGCGGCUCCUCCUGAGCGGCGCCGACGGAGAAAUCCGGGCCUGGGGCUGGGCCGAGCUGGGCAGGAAGGGCUGUCGGGAGCUCUGGACUCGCCGCCCCCCCUGCAGGAGCAGCCUGGAGGUGCCGGAGAUCAACGGGCUGGAGGUGAACCAGAGGGAUCACUGGGUGGUUCUGGCCGGGGGCGACGGCGCCGUUCGGAUCCUGGACCUGGAGAGCGGCGCCUUCACCCACGAGCUGCGGGGGCACCAGGACCUGGUUCACGUGGUGGCUCUGCGGGAGCAGCUGCCCCAGGUGCUCUCGGGGGGCGAGGACGGAACCGUGCGGCUCUGGGAUCUCCGGACGGGAUCCCAGGUGCAGCUGAUCGAGGUGCACAAAUACCAGGAGUGCAGCCGUCCCCAGCUGGGCAAGUGGAUCCGGUGUUUGGCCACUGAGAGCGACUGGAUGGUGUGUGGGGGUGGCCCCGCCCUCACCCUGUGGCACCUGCGCUCCGUGACCCCGACCACGGUGUUCCCGCUGGCCCCGCCCCAGCACCACGCCCUCUUCCACCAGGACAUGGUGCUGUCAGGGGGGGCGGGGCCAGCCCUGCACCUGCUCCAGCUCAGCGGGGACGUGCGGGGGAGGGUCCCGGUGUCACCCCCGGCCCUGCGGAGCCUCUGUCUGCACCCCCGCUCACCUGAGCACCAGGUGCUGACGGUGGCCGGGAACAGCCCCAAGAUCGACGUCUUCACCAACCUGGGAUAUCGGGCGUUCUCACUGAGCCUCACCUGAGCACACCUGGGGACACCUGAACACACCUGAACACACCUGAACCUCACCUGAACCUCACCUGAACUCAUCUUCACCAACCUGGGAUAUCAGGUGUUCUCACU